AUGGAGGGAAACGAGGACAGACAGAGAGAGGAAGACAGAGGUGGCACGCAGAAGAAAAGGCAGAAAAUGUCUAAAGUGUGGGACCAUUACACAUUGAGAAGAAAAGAAAACGCCGUGCAGUGCGUUCACUGCAAGGCGGACUUGGCUUUUCACAAUAGCACUUCGUCAAUGCUGCAGCACCUCAAGAGAAAACACCCGGCGGUCCAUGCAUUAAGUCCGCAGAGCGGACUGGCCACAACAAGGUAAUGUUCACGAUACUAAGCAGUUGCAGUUAAAACAAAUCAAUGUGAUCAAUAAUCAAGAUUAAGUCCAGUACAUAAUGUAAUUUAAUUUAUGGCGCUGUCUAAAGGCUGCUUCACAGUGUAAAUAAAAUGUAACACUUUUAUAUAUUGAAUAAAUAUACAUUUGCUUGUCAAAUUAUGUUAGUAUCCAAGAAUUAUAUUAUUUCAGCCUAUUAAUUAAACAAGUAAAAUUAGAUCCAAAGCCUGGAAAUAAACAUUAUGACAGCAGUAAAGGCAUAAAUACAGUAAAGAGAGAUAACUAUGAAUACAAAUACUACUACUUCUACUACUACUACUAUUAAUAAUAAUAAUAAUAAUAAUAAUAAUAUAAAAAUAACCAAAACUAAAGGCUUGCUAAAAAAAAAACUAGAUAUGACUCUGAUAAAAAGAGAACUGCAAGAACAAUAUAAACAGAACUAACUAAAAGUUAAAAAAAUAUUUCCACCAUCAAAUAAAUGUGCAUGGGCUAGUUGAAUUGUCUUAGUAUAUAAAAGUGUAUAUACAUUUUUUAGAAAUUAAACAAGAUGAAUUAGAUCUGCAGUAUGGAAAUUAGCGUUUUCUUAGCAGCAAAGGCUGUGAAUAGACAUAAGAAUGAACUCAAUUAAUAUGAAUACAAUUAAUACAAAAAUAACCAAACUAAAAAAAACUUACUAAAAAGCAAGAUAUGGCCCAGAGAAAACAAAGAGAACUUAAGAAACAAUAUAAAUAGAACAAACUUAUAAAGUUCAAAACUAUUUACACUAUUGGAUUAAUGUGCAUUAACUAGCUGACUUAUUGUAGUAUCUGAGUAUGAUAUUAUUUUUUUUAGUAAUUUCGCAAGAUAAGUAAAAGCCAAAUAAAAUAACCAAACUCAAAACUUUACUAAAAAAACAAGAUAAUGAUCCAGAGAAAAAAUAGAACUUCAUAAACAAUAUAAACAGAACAAACUAAAAAAAAGUUAUAAAAUGUUUACACCAUUAGACAUAUGUUAAUAUCAAUAUCAAUUGGACUCUUUUUCAGUUCUUCAAAGAGCCAAACUCUGGACAGCUUUGUGCGGCGACCUCCACCGUGUUCAACCGAGCAAGCAGCUGAGUUCACCGACAGUAUUCUGAACAUGAUUGUCUCAGACAUGCGCCCGCUUUCCAUGGUGGAGGAUGAGGGAUUUCAGAAGAUGAUUUCUACUUUCAAUCCCAAGUACACACUUCCCUCAAGAACCUACUUUACAAAAUUGAUGGAGAAGAAGUAUGAAGAAAUCAAAGCCAAGUUGACGAACAUUCUUAAAAAGUGUGACAGCAUUGCUCUCACAGCUGACAUUUGGACCAGUGUUGCUACAGAGGCUUAUCUAGGGGUGACGGGUCACUUUCUUGGAGAGGAUUGGGAAGUGAAGUCCCAUAGCCUGACAACAAUGCAUCUGGAAGAGAGACACACAGCUGCAAAUAUUGCAGAGUGGCUUGAGGACGUCAUUGCCAAAUUUGACAUUCCACCGAAGAAGAUCAAAGCUGUUGUCCAUGACAACGGUGCCAACAUUGUCGCAGCGGUUAAGAUUUUGACCGAAAAGCAUGGAUGGGCAUCAGUGCGAUGUGCAGGUCACACUAUAAACUUGGUGGUGCAAAGUGCUCUGAAAAACAAUCCAGCAAUCUCCAAGUGCGUAGCUGCAGCAAGAUCGCUUGUUGAACAUUUUAAGAAGAGCGAACUGGCAUGCACUAAGCUGAAGAACAAGCAGCAGCAAAUGGGCACACCAGAGCACAUGCUGGUUCAAGAUGUAAGUACUCGCUGGAACAGUACUUUUUACAUGCUGUCUAGGCUGCUGGAGCAGAGAUGGCCAGUGACUGCUGCUUUGUCCGAUCCUGCAGUGACACCAAGAGGUAAACACUACCUUGAUCUCAAGCCUGAACAGUGGAACAUGAUUGAGGAGCUGAGCCAGGCUCUCAAGCCAUUUGAAACAGCUUCAGUGUUUCUCAGUGGGCAAGAGUAUGUAACCCUCUCUGCACUUCCACAGCUAGUGCUAAGCCUGAAGAAGUCGAUUCAAAGUUUAGCUUUUGAGACGUCAGUAGUCCAGUCUUACCAGACCCAUGCAACAGAACAGAUCACAGAAAGAUGGCAGGGGCUGUCUGUGUUUCAGCCUGAAUCUCCAAACACUGUCCUCCUCGCUGCUGCCCUGGAUCCAAGGUUUAGGAGACUUAAGUUCCUAGCCUCCGACGAAAUAUUCAAAGUUCAAAGCACAGUACAAAACAUGGCAACUGCUAUCAGCAGAGAAGCAGGACAGACAAAUGCAAGUGAAAAUGAUGCCCUCAACACAGCACAGGACAACCUGGAAACAUAUCCCAAAGGUGGUGCAUCAUUCAUUGAACACUUACUGGGAUCAUCAGACUCCAGCACCAGUGAUGAGGAAGAGGAGGAGCAGAAGUUAACCCAAAAUGUGCAGAAGGAAGUCUUGAUGUACUUUGGAGAACAUCCCCUUUCCAGGAAAGAGAAUCCGCUGUUGUGGUGGAAAAGAAAUGAAGUACGCUAUCCACUUCUGUCAAAGCUGGCAAAGACCUUUCUGUGUAUCCCGGCAACAUCUACACCAUCAGAACGUCUGUUUUCAGCAGCAGGAAACAUUGCAUCAAAGCGCAGGGCAAGCCUCAGUUCUGAGCAUGUUGACAUGCUUACUUUUCUUCAUUUCAACCACAGACUUCUUUAAAAACUUGGGAAAACACAUGCAAUCUUAUUCAUUUGCUUAAUGACCAAGGAGCCUUCAAGGAGGGCAGUAAGGACUUAUGUUACGCCCGAGACUUGCACAGCUUAAAGCAGUUCUUGUUCCUGUGCCUUUGUUUUAGGUUGCAUUUAUACCUUUAUUGAAAAAGGUCAUUUAAAAUGUUUUUUUGCAAGUCAAAGUUUUCUCCUUUUAAAACCAAUAAGUGUGUAACACUUGAAUGCACUAAAUGUGUUUUUUGUUAUAUAGACAACAUGCCUUUGAAUUUCAAAGUUGUUAUUCUUCUGUAAAAGCUAGAAUGUAAAAUGCCAGUGGCACUUACUGCACUUUUAUUUUAUUUGAGAUUUAUUUUAUGUUUAAUAAGGGUGUGAAAUACUAUCUAUUUGCUAUCAAUAUAGGGUGAUAUCAGCCUAAAAGGUUGAGCAUCUGUUUUUGGCCUAUAUUUAAACUUUUGCAGAUAUAUAUUUUUCAGAUAUAUACAGCAGAUUUAUCUGCUAUUUUUCAGUUGGAAUAUGGGCAAAUUACACACAUGUUCAAUAUUGAUGCACCUUCUCAUCACUGCAUGGGUACAUUUAAAAACAGCGUUUCAUUUUUCAACCGUUAAAUGCUGUUUUUCUUGUUUUUACAUCUGUUCCUGACAAAAAUAUACUGUAACACAAUUUUUCAAUGAUGCCAAUUCAGUUAGGACUAAGCUAGGCUUGUAUACUGUUUUUUUUGAGUGUUACAGAUGGAUCAUUUUAUUUGUUGUGACUAUGCAGUAAAAAUAUUCAUUUGAAAGACCUGGCCUAUUUCAGUUUUGUGUGUUACUGAUGGUUUUUAAUGAGGCAAACGUGAUUCAAUGCAAAGUAUUACAGUGAGAGCAAAACAUUUCUUAUCCGAUUACUCGAUUAAUCGACAGAUUAAUCGAUAGAGUACUCGAUUACUAAAAUAAUCGAUAGCUGCAGCCCUACAUGAGUCAGUCCAGUUUUUCUUUUUUAUUGUGAAAAAUUUAGUUUGCACUUUACUGCACGAUGGAGAAAUACAGUUCUGACUGAUGAUAGACCAGUAAAAUAUGAAGAAGCUAUCCUAGUCACAUAUUAAAAGAUAACCUUAUUAAAAAGAACAGACAUUAUUAUUUUUGUAACAUUUCAUGUUUAAUAUUUGUAGAGAGGGCAAAGUUUACCAGUCAAAUUCCUUGUAUGUAUAUUUGGGCGCACAGCUGAUUCUGAUUCUGAAGUUAAGACAAUCUAUAAAAAUAAGUAGCUGUAAAUACAUCCUUGCAGUCACACAGCAGUAGUGUAUUUACAGGCUUUGGGGUAUAUAGAUUAUUGUAUUGCUCUGAUUCAAAACACUUGAUUCAUACAGUCUUCCUGAGGAGAGUGAGCAGGUAGUGCCAGCAGUAAUUUUCUUUUUUUAUUUUCUAGAGCGACUUUCACAAACAGAAAGAAGAGCUGUGGAUCAAACAGCCCACUCCAAAACAGGUAAAUUAGCUGCUCUUUCGACUGUGCUCCUGUUUGAGUCCAUUUUGAAAUUGCUCAGAAUGACAGCAUAGGAUCAGACCAGAUUUCUGCUGUGGUAUAAAAACAACCUGACUGCACUCCAUACAUAAAAAAUAUCAGGUUAAACCAAAUGCUGUUUUACCAAAUUUGAAUUACAGGGCAUAAUAUAGGGAAAAUAAGAGUUACGCAGACAAAUUUGAUUCAUGAUUUUCUCCUGCAUACUCAAACAUUUACUCCAUUUGUCAAGUCAUUUGAGACUCCACUCAUAUUAUCAAAGAAACAUGGGGUGAGAGUCAGGAGGGGAAAGCCUGCCUUGCAGUGACAUAUUUCUAAAGCAGUAAAAUCUAUGCGCAAGAUGGCAAAGUGCAUGGCUGCAUAAAAUUCCCCUCAUUUCAAACCGAAGAAAAAAUGUAAAUGAGAAAUGGAAAUUCAGGGGUAGAAUUUUCUUCUAGUACAAAUACAGAUUUUUUUUCUUCCAUUUUUAUGACCGACCUCUCCAUGCUAUUUUGUAUGAACUGGAGCUGAUUAAAUUCAAUGACUGGCACCUUGAGUUCCCUAAGAUUAUGUAGGGGUAAAAAUAAGUACCUCUCUACAUGCAAAAAAGCAAGGGAUGUUGUGCAAGUUGACCAAGAUAUAGAAACUAUCAUAUACUAUAAUUUAUAUAAAGAGCUACAAAUUAUACAUAGCACGCGCUUGAAUCAUUCGUUUAGAUUUCAUGAUCUAUUUUGUCAAGUCUGGAACUUUAUUAUGCGGCAAACUCUCAAAGUUUUAUCAUAUCUAGACUCAUAUUCAUAAAUUGACUUUUUCACCAUAAUUUGUUGGAAUUUUACAAAGGCUCACCCUGUUAAAAAGAACUAUCAAUAUUGUGGCCUUGCUACGCUCAGAAUGACCAAGUAUGAGCUUCGCUGACAUCAAUGUGAGUCUCUUAAAAAAAAAUAAAUAGCUGUUUUAAUAUGUUUGAGGGUGUUUUGCAUUCCCAGAUAAUAAAUGUGAUAGGACUUCUUUUCUCCCAGCAUUUUUUAAUUAGAUUACAUUGAGCAUGAGUAUUUUAGUCUCUGAAUGAAUUGCUUCAUUAUGGUUGAGCAGUUUCUUUGUCAUUGUCACCCUGAGGUGUUGAUAGACUAAUCUUUCCCCAAAGAUCCCUCAAUAAUAUGCCAGAUUUGGAAAAUUCUGGGACCUAAUUGGAGAGAACAUCCUCACCUGAAUCAGACGGGGAGGAAGCUCAAAAGUGAGGACCUGGUGGAUGGACUUAGCUUGGUUAUGAGACUAAACAUGCUGUGGCCUUGGCAGGGGAACCAUGGAAUAUGGACACUAGCAAGGGGGAGGUGGAUAAAGUAUGUAGGAAUGAAAUAAACCAAAGUUGCUAUAUACUACCCUCAUUUAGAGGUUGUAUGAACACAUGAAAGUGAAAUGAAAACUCAAAAUUGAUCUCAAUCCAGCAUCUUAUUGUCAGAAAUAUAUAUAUAUAUAUAUAUAUAUAUAUAUAUAUAUAUAUGUAUACACACCACUGUCCGCUGCGCCGCUGGAGGGCACUAAAAUAGAGCCCAUUGUCUAAAUAUCUUGGCAAGAGAUUUAAUGAAAAAAGGGUCCCAUUAUCUGAUCGGAGGAGAAUCAUUCAGUGCGUUUACAUGCACAGCUUAAUCGGACUAAGCUCAUAAUUUGCUUUUUUUGCCGAAUCGAACUUCUCUUCUGGUCCGUGUAUACAUGCAGCUGAGAAAAUCGAAUUAUUGAUGUGAACAUGUCCUCCUCCCCAAAACUAGGGGGCAACAUGGGUCUUUUCAGCGGUGCUGUUUCCAGACCUUUUUUAAAGAUGUGUCUGUCCCUCAUUUUGCGACCGUCCAUAUACUUUAAAAUGUCCAUUUCUGUCAGGACAGAAAGCAUGACGGCACUCUCCUCGAGGUUCCAAAAGUGGACAUUCUUUUGUGCUUCAGCCAUGUUGCAGUUGCUUCUGUGUCGAAAGUUCUUUAAAUGAUAGUGCCACUUCUUCUCUGGUGUUUUUGUUCCUGGGCUACAGAGGCGUGGUGCACAUGCUCAUGCAUUGUCCAAUCAUACUCCGACUACGCUGGUUACAUGGUAGAGAAAAUCGAAUUGCAAUCGCAUUAUCUGGGUGUUUUAAUCAGAGAUCUCCGAGUCCAAUUGAAGUUCUUAAACUCUGUUUAUAGUCGGACUAAGGUGUUUACAUGCACGUAAGUUGUCCGGUCUUAAUCGGAGUAAGGCAAUAAUUCAUGUAAACAUACUGCCUGUGUUGGAUGCUGGUGAUGUAAUUCAUAGACAUGCUUCAGGGUAACUUCUUAAGCUAUUGGACGCUUGAAAUUGUCCUUCUUCCAGAUUCAUAGUAAGAGGACACCCACUGUUGUGUCCUCUGUGCGGCUGCUGGUUGGCAUUCUGUUGAACAGCAGGCACAACAUUGGUAUGUUUAUCAUUUCAAGGUUAGCUACCUACUUACAUAACAAACUUGUUAAAUGAAACCUACUUGACUCAUUCUGCAAGUUGGCUUGCACUCAAAAUCCUUGGAGCGUCUUCUGAACUGCGUAAAUCUGCAUUUUCUUCUGAUGCGUGUUAAACAUGGAAAACCCUUCAACUAACUGUAAAGAGUGAAGUUUUCUUCUCUCUUGGGGUAGGGGACUUUUGA